AUUUCACUCCAUGGAGUGAGACUGUGAUGGCAUAGACAGGACUCUGUGACAGUGACUGCAGUGACUGUGCGAUGACUGAUGCGAGCGAUGAUAAGGUCAAGACAGAGCCCUCAGUGGCGGUCACCUCAGAGCCCAUGACCAACAGUGACUCACUGAUGGCUGUGGUCUCCAAUUUGGUCGAUGAGAGACAUGUCAUGCAAAUGAUUGACUCGCAGACCAAUAUGUUGGCGCGCUUUGAGAAGAGCAAUGAGAUGUUAGUGAAUGUGAACGCAUUGGCGGUCAUCCGCUUCGACGCCGCCAACAGAGACCUCAAGAGGUAUACCCAGCAGUUGUGUGAUCUCCAGAAGGACUUGGAUUCCGUGUACCAUAGGAUCAAAUUCCUUCGCCUAAAACUCGCGCAACAAUACCCACAAGCCUUCAAAGCGUGUGGUAAUGUCUUCAAUCCAUUGGAUGAAGAGGAGGAGACCACUGAAGAUAUGAAAGGCAUUCAAUUGAAUGACUCGUAAUGUGUUUGCAAUUGAAGUAAAACUAAUUGAUAUGAAACUGAUUGUCAAACAAGUGAUUAAGUGAACGACGGUUUGUAUGAAAUGCUAGUCAUAUGCAGAUAUAAGCCCACAUCCAAGUGGUCCCGAGAUAUACUGAUUGCUGCGAUCAUCACUUGACUAAUAUGAACAUCAUUUACCACUCAAUGAACUGAAAGUU